AAUCAAACUGGCUGUGUUGAACAGUCGGGAGGACACAACGGGAGAUCACACACACUCACUUCUGGGAUGUGUGCAUGCAGCAACAGCGGGAACAUUCUCUCCUCUCACUAGACGGACAAUGAGAACUAAUGGUUAUUUUUUGGGGUCGAAGGGAGAUGUUUUCCAUUUUCUUGCAGACAUUCGGGGGGGAAAAUGUUUCAUUCUUGGAAUACUUGAGGAGUGACGGCAACUUUCCCCCUACUCGGACUUCACACUAAUCAGAGGGCAAGACGCUGAGAGAGAAAGGAGGGGAAAGGAGAGAGAGAGAGAGAGAGAACAGAACAGGGCUUAACGAUGCAAAGGGAGCAACAUUCAGCUCAGUGUUUACGCACAGAACCACCUCGGAGUGUGGCGGCUGUGUAACCGAGAAGCAAUGCUGUCUGCGGGGAUGCGGUGCCCGCCGCGGUCCCUGCCCGCUGAUGUUGCGGCUCGGUCGGGCUGCGCACGGAGCCUCUGGGCGGCUGUGAUUGGACCGGACACGGACUGGGGCUGACUGAUGUUUGUCCGUGCCAGCAAUAUGUUGAAAGGAGGAGAUCAAUAGGAGUUACCGGUGAGCUUGGAGGUGGCAGUAUCUCCGUAUUGACGCGAGGAAGGAGGACAACACGCACGAGGAAUAUGUUUUUGGAUAUAAACAGACUCCCCCCUCCGAAAAUGUCUUUUUUUUCUCCCAUUGCCUGUUGAGGCAGACUGUUACAGAUGGAAAUAUUUUUUUUGUUCCCAUUCCACUUAAGUUUUUUUCCUUGUAAAGACUACCAUGUACCUUCUAAUAUAUUUUUAUAUAAAGUUGACGGACUUUUUUUUGUGAAAUCUUCCGUUAACUUAUUGAACAUUGCAGAAACAUUUUAAAAGAGGGGGAAAAAACUUUUAUUCCGUGGGCUAUCUGCAAUUUCCAAGAAAUUCAAAGAAUUUCCGAAAUGCAUUCAGUGAUGCCAUGAAACAUGGCUUAUAUGUGGGUUGCACAUCUGCUUUUUUUACUCCCACUCCUCAGAGUGGGGACAGCUUUCUCUGGAGUUUUUAACACCACAGACAGAGACCUUUUCACCGAUGACUCGCCACAGGUCAAGCUCGAGCAGUGGAAGCUCCACUCUGCCGACUCACACCCCAACCUAUAUUUUAACCAGGCGGACGUGUUGCACUUGAGGCAAAGGUCCUCCACCACCCACAGUUACAUCUUUAAAGUCAUCCGGGCAGCUGUGCUCACCAUGCUUUCCAACGCUCCCUCUUACAUCCCCCCUGCAAAACAUGAGGAGUUUACAAGCAAGUGGAAUGAGAUCUAUGGGAACAACUUGCCCCCUCUGGCUCUUUACUGCCUGCUGUGCCCCGAGGACUCGGCCGCCCUGCAGUUUCUUUUAAAGUUUAUGGAUAGGAUGGCCAACUACCCAGACUGGAAAGUGACCAGUGCACCGAAUGAUGAGGUCCCCACAGCCCACUCUCUGACUGGGUUUGCAACUGCUUAUGACUUUAUUUACUCCUUCUUGGAUGAUAGCAGGAGGGACGCAUACCUCAAGAAAAUUCGCUCAGAGACAGAAGCACUGUAUGAGCUCUCCAAAUACAGAGCAUGGGGGAAACAGUAUCUCCAAAACCAUCAAACCACUAAUAUCUUAGCCAUCCUAACUGGUGCAAUAGUGGUGGGCUCACAUAACGACCCAGAGUCGAUGAUCUGGAAACAGGUGUCAGUGAACUACAUGGAGAAAACCAUGUUUCUCCUUAAUCAUAUUGUGGAUGGCUCUUUGGAUGAGGGAGUCGCUUAUGGAAGCUACACAGCCAAGUCCAUAAUGCAGUACGUAUUUUUAGCCCAACGCCAUUUUAACAUCGACAACAUGCAGAACAACUGGCUGCGGGGUCACUUCUGGUUUUACUAUGCUACUCUGCUGCCAGGCUUCCAGAGGACAGUCGGCAUAGCAGACUCCAACUACAACUGGUUUUAUGGACCGGAGAGUCAGCUGGCUUUCCUCGACACAUUCGUCAUGAAGAAUGGAACAGGAAACUGGCUGGCUCAGCAGAUUCGGAAGCACAGACCGAAGGAUGGACCCAUGGGGCAGUCGUCGGCCCAGCGCUGGGCUACGCUCCACACAGAGUACAUCUGGUACAACUCACAUCUCACACCACAACCUCCCCAUGACUUUGGCAAAGCAAGGAUGCAUAUUUUCUCUAACUGGGGGGUUGUUACCUAUGGAGCUGGUCUUCCUGCUGGCCAGAGUAAUACUUUUGUUUCCUUUAAGUCUGGACGUCUGGGCGGCCGUGCAGUCUAUGACAUCGUUCAUGACAAACCUUACUCCUGGGUAGAUGGUUGGAACAGCUUUAAUCCUGGCCACGAACACCCAGACCAGAACUCCUUCACAUUUGCUCCCAAUGGGCAGGUGUUUGUAUCUGAAGCACUUUAUGGUCCCAAAUACAGCUAUCUUAACAAUGUUUUGGUGUUUAGUCCAUCUCCUACCAGCCAAUGUAACAGUCCAUGGGAGGGGCAGUUAGGGGAGUGUGCCAAGUGGCUGCGAUGGACUGAUGAGGGGGUGGGUGAUGCCAGAGGAGAGGUGAUUGUUGCCUCUGAGCACAGGGACACUAUGUUUGUGAGCGGGGAGGCUGUGUCAGCAUACUCCGCAGCCAUGAGAUUAAAAAGUGUUUUCAGAGCCUUGGUUCUGCUAAACUCCCAAACGUUGCUGGUGCUCGACCACGUUGAGAAGUGGGCCGACUCCCCUGUGAAGUCUCUCAGUGCUUUUUUCCACAACCUAGACAUUGAUUUCAAAUAUGUUCCCUUUAGAUUUAUGGAUAAAUACAAUGGUGCCAUGAUGGAUGUGUGGGAUGCUCAUUAUAAAAUGUUCUGGUUUGACAGCCAGGGUCACAGCCCUGAAACCAGAAUACAGGAGGCAGAGCAGGCUGCGGAGUUUAAAAAGAGGUGGACACAGUAUGUCAAUGUCACUUUUCCAAUGACAGGCGCAGUCAGCAGAGUAGCUUAUGUGUUACAUGGCCCAUAUGUUAAAGUGUCCAAUUGUAGAUUUAUAGAUAACAGCAAAAAUGGUGUGAGGCUUUCUUUAACCAUAAAUAAUACAGAGAAGAUUGUUUCCAUAGUUACUAACUAUAAAGAUAUUGGAGCAAGAUUGGCUUAUAUAGGAUUUGGCGGUCACUGCAAAGUUGAAGAUAGAUAUCAAAUCACUAGAUAUGGCCUUGGGACGCAGCACAUCCCUAAACAAAUUAGCAACGAUAAUCAGCUCUUUGACAUUGGAUUCACUCUCAAUGUGAUCGCGGGCGUUGUUCUCUGUGUGGCCAUAGGAUUUUUGACCAUGCAGAGAAAGUUUUAUGUUUGCUUCAGCAGACUGAUGCGCUAUGCCUUGCUCUCUGUGCUUCUCCUCUGGAUAGUCGAGUUGCUGUUUGUGUCCAACAGCUGCGAUCAGCUUCUUUGCGGAGUAAAGUGGAAAAGUGCAGACACCAAAAGUGUAGUAAGCAAACAAAUCAGGUUGUAUGAGCAGCACCGGCUCCCCCUUCCCACCGUGGUCAUAACAGCUCUUCCUGGAUCGGGGUCAGAAAUACUCAAGCACCUUUUCUAUAAUAACUCAGACUUUGUUUACAUAAGGGUUCCUACUGAACAUGUGGAUAUUCCUGAGACUGAGUUUGAGUUUGACUCACUGGUUGACACCUGUGAGUGGUCAAGGACAGAUGCUGUGCAUGGACGGUUUAAGAUCAUUCAGAGCUGGCUGCAUUCACUUGUGCACAAUACCAAGCUGCACUUGCAAAAUAUCCAGCUUGCAGAGGGCAGCAGGGUCAAACAACCCCAGAGAGCAAGCCCCUCUAAAGACAGAAAGAAAAGAUCCAGGCGGAGGGAGCCUGCAUCUGAGUUGAAGGGCAGGCUGAGGGCCAGCCUGGACAGAGACGCAGAGUAUGUUAGGGAGAUGAGACGGCAUGUUGCGGAGUACCCCAACGCCCAAGUGGUCCUCAACAUGCGGAGUGGCAGCUGGACGCUUAAACUGCCCUUCAUUCAAGAAGUGGUUGGCGUUUCCCUGAGGGCAGUCUAUUUGGUCAGAGACCCUCGGGCAUGGAUUUAUCUCAUGGUUUAUAACAGCAAACCCAGUCUUUACUCACUGAAAAACAUCCCACAGCACCUUUCCUUGAUAUUCAAGGAGGAUUCUGUAAGGGGAGGGUGCCCAGCAAUUGCACCAGAGUUUAAAACAAUCCAGUGGCUGCUGUCCCGAUCAGAGACGAACCCUAUCCUGAUCCUUGCUCAUCUAUGGCUGGCUCACACGGCGGCAGCACUUCGAGUUGCUGAGAGUCUCCCCGAGGACUCCUACCUUCGAGUGAGGUUUGAGGAUGUGGUCAGCUUCCCCCAGGAGACAGCGGAGACAAUACACACAUUCCUGGGAGUUCCUAUGUCGCCAGCAGCCCUCAAUCAGCUGACAUUUACCACCUCCACAAACCUGUACAACCUCAUGUACGAAGGAGACAUCUCACCAGCAAACAUCAACGUAUGGAGGCAGAAAAUGCCUCGAAAGGAUGUCAGACUUAUAGAGGAUAUAUGUGGAGGUGUAAUGAAAAGGUUGGGCUAUGCCAGGUCUGCCAGUUAACUGCUGCUGAUCAGCUUGUUCUGAGCUGUCAUGUUUACUGUAGCUGUCACUCAAAUAUAUUUUCUCUUUUUCUUUUGCACUGAAAUUUAAAAAAGUUAGUUGCCUGUCUCUGUGUCCAAAUGUUUUGCGCUAAGUGGGGGUAUAUUUAGGGAUUUGUGCAGAAUAUGCCAACAAUAUCUUAGAUGGAAGAAUAUUUAUAUAUAUAUACAACAAUAGGUGGAAGGGAUCCUGUGUUUUCCUCCAGCAGCUGCUCAUGUUUACCUUUAGCACUUCUUCACUUAGAGAGAUUUUGAAACCUUUACUGUCUUACAACAGGAAGAGCACUUACUUUCAGUACAUCACCUCAUUUCAUAAACGACUACGUACUGUUUUGCUUAGAAAUGUAAAAUCAUUGUUUUUUGUUUUCUGCAGAAUUAAUCUUUUUCAUUUGAUUUGUUUUGGAGGAGAUUAUUAACUGGUUUGGUGGAAAUAUUUUGGGGUUGCGGGAAACAAGUUUGGCAUGUGUUUUAGCAAUGUUCUCUUUCCUGAGGUUAUCACAACUUUAUAGCUCUAUACAGCUGACAUUACAGAGAAGUAAAUUAAUAUAUUUUCCAUGAAAAAAUUCAUGAAAAAAUUCACUGUAAUUUGCAAAGAAAACAGAAAAGAAAGAAAGUGCAUUUGCUGCUAUGUAUCUCUAAAUGUUGUCUUUAACUCAUUUAUAUUUACAAUUAGAUUUAAAAAUGAGAAGAACACCCACUUUUAUUCUUAAUGUUAAAAAUUAUUUUUUUAAUUUGGAAUUUUAAAGAAUGUCACUAAAAAGAAAGUAAAAAAGAAAAUUAGAAUAUUUAUGAUUAUGAAAAUGUGAGAAAUUAAAAGUUUGUUUAUGAUCUCAAAUAGCUUUCUAGAGGUAAACAAAUCAAUGUUUUGCAGAGGAAAAAAUCACUUUCUUUAUAUUGUAAUGUUUAGUGAAAGGUAAAUUUUGAAAGCAUCUGUGGAUAUAACAAUGAUUAUGUGAGUUCCACAAAACUCUUUGUUCUAUCAUUUUGACUAACAAUGUCAAAAAAAUCUGUCAGUCAAGUCUUACAGAUCAAUUUUAAAAAUUAUAAUAAUGGCAUAUUCGAUUGAAUUACAUUUUCAUUCUGUAUUAUUAUCAGUAAGCUGUUACAUGUAUUCAUCUAACAGAUGACAUGUAAUUUUCUCUUCACAGUUAUGAAAAUAACUGACUGUGGCUCCAGAAACUACAUAUAAA